UUUCAUUUUUAAUUCGUUAAUAUUCUUUAUGAGUAAUAGAUAAUGGUGGGAAAAGUCGUUAUUUUUGCCAUCCUGUUUAUAAUAGGAAGCAUUUAUUGUGGAUAUGAUUACUCGUGUGACUAUAAAUUUGGUGACUCAUCUUGGGACUACGCUCAAGUAUUUUACAACAAGACACACAUCGUUCCAGCUGGUAUCAAAUCGUAUAAAAUUGAUUUAUCGAAAAACAGCCUAAUUAUAUGUUUUGUAUGCGUCAACAUAACCGAUAUUGCACCGAAUCAAGCGGCUGUGUCUUUCGUGAGCUUAUUUAAAUCGAUUACGAUCGAUUUCAGCGAUGUAUAUAAACAUCGCGACAUUAAAGUAGAUGUCUUAGCGAUGGAUCACGGUUACAGAAGAAACGUAGGAGGAUAUUUAAUAUAGCGACGUUUUGCAAAACUUGUAUAAGCCAAUAGAAAAUAAAAAUUAAAAAAAUAUUUUUUGACAUUUAAA